GCAAAUACUUCAAAAAAAACAGAGAAAUAUUGAGUGUUCAAUACCUCACAUUCAAAAGACAGAAUAAGUAUCGGUUAAAAUUAAUCCGAAAGAUGGAAAUAUUCCAACGAGAUAAGCAGUAAAAGCAGCGAAUCAGCAGAUGAGAUUUAAAUUGAUUUGCAGCCAGCAUUUCCCAUUAGAGACUGAACUUUGGAGUUGCGUUUGAUAUUGAGUAUUCAUAAUGGAGAGACGAAUCUUUGCAAUCUCCCUCUUCCUUGUGGCUUUUUUUGCCCCUGGAAUCUUGGCGGGGGUCUGUAACAUGACUGGACUUUGGCAGAACGACCUGGGCUCCGUCUUAAACCUGAAUGAGAUUGAGAAUUAUAAAUUGAAAGGAAAGUUCUUGACUGCAGUCGAGGCUGCCAAGGGUGAAGCUGGAUCCGACCGACGAGCCCGAGUGAUUGGUAUCAAGAACAAUGGGAAAGAGCCAACAUUCAGCAUGUCUGUAGCGUGGGCUGGAGGUUCCAUUACAUCCUGGGUAGGUCAGUGCCUGAUGCUGGAAGAUGGGCAGCAGAUUCUGAGGACUACGUGGCUGUUGAGAUCUCCAGCUACCAACCUACUGGAGGAUUGGAAAACGACACGAAUUGGACAAGAUACAUUCCACCAAAUCAAUGGGGAUAUUCCGCAAGGAAUCCAUCAAAAAUCCGUCAAUCUUUAGUGCAACACAUUGCACCAAGCCUGGAUAUUUAGUGUAAUUGCCAUUUCUGAAUGGUAUUCUCAAUAAAAUAAAGUAAGAACA